CCUCUAUUCUUUUCUCACUUGCACAGUCGCAUUCACUCAAGCACUGCAUGAAUCAGAGCUUAUGAAAAACAUAAAAUAAAUUCAUCUAAAAAAUAAUGGACACUUUCAAUCAAACAAUCGAAUCCAACUCUUCAAAGAAUGUAAACACCACCACUGCACUGAAUGAAAAUGUGGAAAAGGUCAUCGGUUUGGCCUUAAUUGUCAUUCUUUUUAUCACCUUGGUGUCUCUUGGUUGCACAAUGGAGAUCUCAAAGAUCAAGAAUCAUCUCACCAAACCUAAAGGGGUGGCAAUUGCAGUUAUGGCUCAAUAUGGUAUAAUGCCCCUCACAGCCUUCUGCCUAGCAAAGCUGUUUCGUUUAGGUUAUAUGGAGAGCUUAUCUGUGUUGAUUUGUGGAUGCUGUCCGGGAGGAAACAUCUCAAACAUCUUUACUCUGGCCCUUCAGGGAGACAUGAACCUCAGUAUUGUGAUGACUAUGUGCUCCACAGCACUGGGAUUGGUUAUGAUGCCCCUCCUGCUCUUAGUGUACAGCCUGGGUUUCCCAAACCUGGUGCAGUAUGUUCCUUUCACUUGGAUCACUUUGACCCUAAUUUUGAUCCUGGUUCCCUGCGGUAUUGGGAUCCUGAUCAACUACCGAGUGCCCCAGUAUUCUAAGAUCAUCAUCCAGGUUGGGUUGAUGAUCUUGCUGAUCUCCUUUGUUGUCAUUGGUGUUCUUGCUGGUAUAACUGGUGGAAGAAAAAUCUUCACAGUGCUAUCUCCUCAGCUUAUAGCCACAGCUGCAUUGAUGCCAUUGACUGGAUACAUAUGUGGAUAUUUCCUGUCCACUCUGUUCAGGAUGAAUGCACCUUGCAGACGGACUGUUUCUGUGGAGGUAGGUUGUCAGAACAUCCAACUGUGUUCCACAAUCCUGAAGGUGGCCUUUCCCGAUAAGUACAUGGGUCAGCUGUAUUUCUUUCCUCUUAUCUACGUUGUGUUCCAGAUAGUAGAGGGUCUUAUCUUCAUAGUCCUGUUCAGAUGCCUUCAGAAGCUGAGACCAUCCCAAGGAACACAAGUGUACGCAGCAGUGGUGUACCCCCUGACAGUGACAUCUUAGGGGACUCUAUAGUGCUUAUUAAGCUGAAAAAGCAAUUUUAUGACUAAAUAUCACUAUACGCUGAAUGGUCUUAUUCCACUUUUUAGUUAAUAGAAGAGUAAAUAGAUGAAACAGUAAGUGUAGAACUGAAUGGUCAGUUUUAAAAUGAUUUUUGUUUACACUGAAAUACUGCCAAUAGCAAUAAAUUUGACUGUAGAACCUAAUUGUUCUUUUGUACUGUCAUCUAGUCUUGACUGAAACACUUUGUUUUAGGGUUAAUAAUUGUUUUAGGCUUAGUUCACCCAAAAAUGAAAAUUCUGUCAUUAAUUACUCACCCUCAUGUUGUUCCACACCCGUAAGACCGUAAGUCCGAUGGCUCAGUGAGGCCUGCAUCGCCAGCAUUAACACUUCCUUUUUCAGUGCCCAGAAAGCUACUAAAGACAUAUUUAAAACAGUUCGUAUGACUACAGUGGUUCAACCUUAAUGUUAUGAAGCGACGAGAAUACUUUUUGUGCACCAAAAAAACAAAAAAAAAAAACAAAAUAACGACUUUAUUCAACAAUAUCUAGUGAUAGGCGAUUUCAAAACACUGCUUCAUGAAGCUUUACUAAUCAUUUGUUUUGAAUCAGUGGUUCGGAGCGUGUAUCAUACUGCCAAAGUCACGCCCCCCAGUGGUGAACCAUUGAAAUUUCAAAUUUCGAAAGACUAAUGACAUAACGAAGCCUCCUUUACUGAAAUCUAGGGGGUGUCCCCGACUACGGAUUUACAUAGUCGAAUCAGAUUCGAAUCAGAUUGCCUAGAAAAACAGCAGUCCACUAGAUAGUACGCACGAACUCUUUCCGCGCUCAAGGCCAAAGGAGUAUAGGCUACUUUGACAGGCGCGCUCAACUGUGCACGAGAUGGAGCGGGACGCGGAAAAUGAAGUAAGGCCUACCGCGCCUUAAGACAACUUUUAUUUUCUUUCACAAACAGAGAAACAACUUUCUAAUAAAGCGACCAAACUGCCUGUCAAGUGAUAGACGAAACUGAUGAUUUUUAUCCUUUUUUUUUUUAAAUGAAAGGCAAUGUGGAUAAACAUUCACAGCCACGAUGUACAGAACACCACACAAAGAUAGGCUAUAGAAGAAAAUGAAUAAAAACAUUUUGGAUCAAUAAACCUUAAAAAUAUAUAUAAAUAACUGCAGAAAGGCCACACUGCAGAUAGAUAUGCAUUUCACAUGUCGGCAAAUCGGCUAAAUUGCCUGUGCGAGCAAGCUUUAACUCUACAGCGCAACAUCGAUGCUGAAUUAGAACAGAAAAUACCGUUCUAAUAAAUAAAAAUGAUUUAAAAAAAAAUGAAAUCGUCGUAAUCAAGUCAAAAGUGCAAAAUGCCUAAAGUGUAGGGGGACAUAUAUUCAAAACUCAAGCCACAAAUAGUUAAAUUAGAUAACACAGAGUGAUCAAUAAAUAAAUUAAAAUUAAAGAAAUUGUUAAAAUAACGAAAGUAUAGGCAGAAUUGUCAACUUUGUCUUUUUAACUGCAGAGACAAUAAACGCUAAACUGGAGUGGCAGUCUUUUUAGCUAAACAUUCACAGCAUCCAAAAAUCAAAUUAGAAUCGGCUGAAAUGUUUUGAAAUCACUUGUACCCUACCUAAUUGAGAGAAAAAAAAUCCAGUCUUUCACGCGAUCUGCCUGUGUCCGUUUGAGUCUUUUCAAAUAGCGCGCUAGUCAGCUCGUUAACGUUGGCCGGCAGAAGUGCGCCGCAGUGUUUGUGGUUGUUAAAUGGUAGGACAUGAACUGCUGGCACAACUUGCAUCUUACGUUUUUUGGAUCAUCUUUUACCAUUUCAAAGUGCAUCCAAUUCUACUCUUUAGAUUUUCUUAUCCCAGACAUUGUUAAAGAUUUAAUCCCUGCCGCCAAGAUGCUCCUCUGUCGGUCACGGAUCAUGGAAAGUGAAACUUAAAUCUGUCACAGGGGUGGUUAGAUUUAUUCACGCACAUUAAAAAUAUUUAUGAAAAACUUCUUUCUUUUCACAUUUUUAUUUACAGCAUUAUCAUAAUAGGUUGUAUAUUAACCUAUUGGGAGAGAACCGGUAUAUGUAAAAUCAGAUAUUGAGCACCCCCAUAUCUCGUCUCAUAACACCUCUGCGAAGAUUCAACUGUGAGAGUGAGAUUGGUAGUAUCGAAUCGUCGACUAUUCAGGUCACCCCUACUGAAAUCACGUGACUUUGGCAGUUUGAUACACGCUUCGAAUCCUGUCUCUGAGCACUACAGGCAGUUCCUUUGACCUCAUGGCUUAGUUUUUUGCUCUGAUAUGCAUUUUCAGCUGUUAGACCUUUUAUUGAGAGGUGUGUGCUUUUCCAAGUCAUACCCAAUCAAUUGAAUUUACACAGGUUAAGUCCACACGAAGUGUAGUAACAUCUACAAGCAAAAUCGGAAUGCUCCUGAGCUAAAUUUCGUGUCUCAGAAAAGGGUAUGAAUACUUAUGCAAUGUAAUUAAUGUUUUUUAUUUUAAAUAAAUUUGCAAAGUUGUCACAAAUCUGUUUUUUGCUUUCUUAUUAUGGUGAAUUGAGUAUGGAGUUUAGAUUAAUGUGGGGAAAAAAAUUAAUUUAGAGUAAUUUAACAUAAGGCAGUAACAUAACAAAAGAGGUUUGAAUACUUUUGCAAGCCACCUUAUUUGUAAUCAGUCAGUCAAUCUAUCAGUCGUUACAUUCAUCCUAAAAAAAAAAUAUAUGAAGUAUUAGGCUGUAAAACUAUUUUUCUUUUCUUACACAAAACAAAAGUGUACACAGCAGUGGCAAGAACAUCUUAAGAAACUAAUAGAUCCCAACAGUGACAUUUGAGGGGACUGUAUAGUGUUUAAAUUGAAAAAAGAAAAGGAAGAAAAAAAGGAAUUUGAGGCCAAAGUACAGUGGGUGCUGGGGACACAGAGAAGAAUGAAUGAUAUACUGAGGUGCAGAAAGUGCACUUUCUUUCUUCCUCCUUGAUAAACAACAGCAUCAGCCUGAAAUGUUUCAACACAGUGUACAAUUGUAUGUGGUUGCACAACAGCACAAAAGUUACUGCUUUUUCAGCUGCCUUGAAACAAGUGCCUUUUUUUUUUUGAAUUUCACCAUAUCUUAUCACCAAUCUUUUAAUAAAAUUAUUCAAUACAUAUCGAAUCCAUAAAACAAGUUAUACAGAGAACAAAUGACAUAUCAUGAAGUAGUCUAAUGCUUAAUUUUUCAAAAUAAAUUAUAACUUUUUUGUAAUAAGUUACAAUACCUACAGUAAAUUGUGUAGUGUAGUUAUUUUUUUAUUUUAUAUAUAAACAUUAUUGUCUAAUGUGUAAUGUUUUUGAGGUUUCAGAUGAACAACUGACUCCAUUACUAACACAGCUUUCAGGGAAUUUAUUUAUUCAUUUUGACAGUGCUACACAAACCUUAUAAAUGUUCAAAAAUUUUUAAUUAAUAUUUUUUAAUUAAUAUUUAUAUCAUGGUACAGCUUCCAAUGAAUGAAAAACAUCAAAACAUAUCCAGACAAAACCUUACAUUGAUUCAACAUGAUAUGAUGUUCACAUACUAUAAAACAAAACAAAAAAUAUGAGUUUUAUAAUACAUCAGAAAUAUGGCAUAUUAAAAUCUCAUCCUCUUUUGUUAAGAAAGAAUAAGAGAAUAUGCAUUGCAAAAAAAGCUGAAUUUAAUCGUACAAAAAAAAAAUGUGUAUACACAAUAAGAAAUCAAAUGCAUACAUAUGAAUAGGCUGGUAUAUAAUACAGAGAUUCAAAAAUGUGAAACAAGAUCUCUUUAUUCAUGCGGCGUGAAGGGAACUCUUUCAUUAUAAUUCAAGCAUCUACAUUACAAACAAUUUGCAUUAUUCAUAAAACCCUAAUUACAAAUUUUCAGAACACAAAGGGUCAAACUUACUGAAAACAAUCAUAUUUACUGGCUUGUCCAUAAAUAUGUUUAUAGAAUUAAAGAAUCUCAAAAGAAAUCAAACCUCACUCUUUAUGUAGUAGGAAAAAAAAAAAUAUUACAACCACAACAAA